UAAUUAUUAAGCUCAGUAUGCUCCAUUUACUUUAAUGGAAUUUAUCCAAAAUACCAAUUUCAUGACCUUGGUGUUGCUACUGGCAUAAGCUACCAUUUGAAAAAUCUGUUUUAAAAGAAAUCCUGAAAAACAUUUUAUUCAUUGCAAGACAGUAGUUGCUGAUGUAACUUUGUAAAGAAAGACUAUGCUCCUUUGCACAUUUUGCACAUUCAUUUUUACGAAUUCACAUAGAAUCUUACACAAUGAAAUUUUGAUUUCAGCCAUUCAAAAUGCUGAUGUUGUGUCAACGAAUAGCCAAAAUGCUUUGUCUGUUUUUAGUUUAAAAGGGGGUCAUGUAAAUGCCCCAUUGUUUAUUUCUUUACUAGCUGUUUCAGGUGUGUUUGAUUAGGAUUGACACUCAACUCUGUGGGACAGAUGGCCCUCCAGAAACAGGACUGGACACCACUGCUGUAGAUACUGUUACUCAGCUGUCAAAGCUUCGCAGUUACAUUUAGCAAUUAACCUCUAAACCUCAUAAACUUUACAAACUGACCCACCAUUCCAAUUACAGAAUUAAUAAAUGGCACAUUUUAAUAUGAAACGGCUCAUGACAUGCCCUAACUCUGUGUUUUCAGUAUUUUACUGAAUCUGAGAUCAUUAUGAUCUUCUUAUUACAGUGCUGUGUGACUUCAACAGUGCUGUAAUCAUUUUAUUCAAAUGACUGUACAUUUAAAAUUAAUCUACUAACCUUUUUCUAGUUUGCAGAGGAUACCAUCCUGGUAAACCCAAUAACAGAUUUCUCAUCAUAUGGAAAGUAUUAUACAGUUUGGGUCAUGGAAUACUGACCCAAAGAGUAAAAUGUAGGCACACGGAUAAAACUAUAACACACUCAUCAAGGGAGAAGUUUGGACAAAAGGUUACAUUUAAUCUGAAACUUAAAGCUUGUAGUGUAUUGUUUCCAUUGCAUAACUUACAACAGUCAAAGGAAAAGCAAGCGCAUAAAAUGCCAUCGCUACAGCAAGAGCAAAACAAUCCUCUGCAUAAAACAAAUCGACAAGACACUUUGUCUGAAAAACAUACAAAAGAUGACUGCUGUGCUAUAACUAUCAAUGAAACCUCCCCACCCAUGAAGAGAUAUGUUGGAUUAGAGAAUCAGGGAGCCACGUGCCAUUUGAACACAGUGCUGCAAAUACUCUUCAUGACAGAGGCGUUCAGAGAGGCUAUGAAAGAGGAUUCCAAUUACACCAUUAAUAAGGAAAUUGCAAAGCUAUUUGAGCAUUUGACUUCUGGAGUCAGAAACCCUGCCACCACUGAAGGAAUCACAGCUGAACUUAAACUUAAUGUUCAUAAGCAGGAAGAUGCUGCAAAAUGUCUUCAGAAGAUUCUUAACAAGGUCGAUCCUAAAAUAUCUAAGAUAUUUCAGGGAACGAUGGUACAAACCACCGUUUGUAUAAAUCCAGCAAAAGAACAUGAACCUCUUAAGCAAGUUAAAACCUUUUUCAUUUUAUCCAUUUCCUUGGAUUCAGAGCCUCUUGUAGACAUGCAAAAGUGCUAUGAUUCAUAUUUUGCACCAAUCAUCAUGUGUAGGGAAGAUCAACAAGUGUACUGUAAAGAUUGUGAAAUGCUGAUGAACACAGAAAUUAUCUCCAGUUUGCAGGAAGUUCCUUCAGUUCUGGUUCUGCACCUGGAGAGAUUUGAAUUUGAUUAUGACGCCAUGUGCUGCGUGAAGAAUUACUCCUCAGUGAAAAUUCCUCUUCAGUUAUUGGUGAAGGAAGAGGCUGGUGUGAAUCACAGAUAUGAAUUGUAUGCUAUAGCUAACCAUUCUGGCUCUCUCGAUGGAGGACACUAUUAUGCUGACAUCAAAGAUCAGAACGAGUGGUAUCGAUUUAAUGACUCCGUAGUGAAUAGACACAAGAUGAAUUUGAAUGUGACAUGUGACAUAAACAGUGAUGAAGCAUACUUACUUUUGUACAAAAAAUGUGAAUCUGAAAGUCCUCAGAAAAACAGUACUCAGAUCUGUAAUAACCCUGAAGACACAGCAGAACAUGACACUUCUUUCAGUACAGGCUCAAAGCGUAAACGGGACACUUCCCUUGUAGUCAAUGAGACAGAAAGUCCAGAGAGACACAGAAAAAUGGCAAGCACUCAGCCAAAAGUUUACCCGAAGGAAGAUAGAAGAUGCAAUGAACAUGAUUCUAACUCUGAGGCUGAAGCAAACACCUCAGAAAUCAUGCCAGAUGAACCUGUAGCAGACAGUGUAAUAAAGUCAGCUGAUGCUGAUGAUCACAAUCAACCUGCAUCAAGCAAUUCAUCUGAUGUGAUGGAAAGUCAGUCUAUUGGAAGUGAGUUUAAUAAUAAAUCUGAAAAAUUGAAGGACCAGCAAGAAGGGCAGGUCCUCCAGAAAAACAGUGAUUCUAACUCUAAGUCUGAAGGAAACACCUCACAAAACAUGGCAGAUGAAAUUACACUCGAAAUACAGUCAAAUGAUGGUGAUAAUGACAAUCAGUUAAAAUUACUUCCUUCUAGUCCAGAUGAAGGCUCAGAACAAAACAAAGGUUCAUAUGUAAAUGUGGGAAAUUUCAGUAAACACAAUAACAUACAGUCACAUGCUAAAAAUAACAAGACUAGGAGAGAACUCUUGAAAUAUUAUAUUGGAAUUCUAAUCUUAUCUGUACUUGUUAUUCUUAUUGCUUUUAUUAUUAGCUAUGGCCCACCUCAGUUGCUGAUAACUGCCAUUGUUCUUCUCCUUUUUUUUCUUAUUUGCCUUCUUCUUGUUCUGGCCAAAUUGGCUAUCUUACUUGCGCCCCACAAUGUUUCCUACAGGCAGAAAUUAUGACCCACAGCACUCUGGUGUGAUUUUUUAUAAACUUCCAGUGUCUCGUUCACAUUCAUUUAUUUAGCAGACACUUUUAUCCAAAGUGAUUCAUCAUAAAGAAACAAAUAAAUACAAAAAGUGCUUGCAAUACAAAGUUUCAGACAUUGUUAGGAUUAGUACAAGCUAGACAGGAAGAGAUUAAAGGGGUCAUUUGGUGCCUAUUUCCUACAAGUUAAUAUAAUUCAUUAGGGUGUUUAACAUCUUUAACAAGUCUGUAACAUACCAUGGUUAAAAUUUCUCAGUGGUAGUGUAAAAAACACCAUUUUUACCUUGUCAAAAUUAGCCCUUUUUACAGCGAGCUGUUUUGUUGCAUUUGUCCUUAAAUGCUAAUGAGCUCUGCUCAACCUGCCCCUCUCUACUCUGGGGUGACCAGCAGUUCUGUUUACAUUAGCCGAUUUUAGUAGUGUUUAGCCGUGAAACUAGCUGACUAGCACGUUAUUAUGAAAGUUGAUUUGCAAAGAUGCAUAAAAAACCCUUAUACUCACGUCUGCUGUAGGUGAAGCUGGAUCAUGAAUGAUUUGUGUGAACACAAAACGCGUUUUUCUUUAGGUAAAAAGUAACGUUAAUCUUCUGCGUCUUCAGCGGCUCAGAUGUCAGGACUGAAUGAUGACAGCUAUGAUCAUCAUUACAUGCAACAACAAAACACUUCAACAAAGUUGUCUUGCAUUACUUGGUACAAAAUGCUAAUUUAUGGCAAACUCAUGUUUUACCAGUUAAUAAGAUAUUUGGGCCUAUAUGUUGGUUCUGUACAUUUUGGUGUUUUUGUAACGUUAGGCAUUAAAAAUUAUUUUAGAUAAUAUAUUCAGGAUAUUCAGACAAAGUUAGCAAUGGUGUUGGAAUAAACUGUAUUUUGGUUAAUGUUCAAAUUUAUUGUUCAAAUGAUAACAAUGACUUUAAAAACUGAACAAAAGCUAUAAGAUGUAUUUAGUAAAAUUAAGUAAAGUGGAGCACUGUUUAGAAAAUCAUGAUGUCAAUGGGAAACUGUGUUUCACCGUGUUCAA